AUGUAGUAAAUUAGUAAAGAGAAAGAGAAUCAGAUCUAAUAAGCUAUGGAUUUAGAAAAAGAUGUGCUAGGCACAUUAGCAAAAGUCAGGUAAUAUGAAGCAUCAAUCAAUACACUAAAAAGAAACAUACAAAAAUGCAACAUUACUUUAAAAGAAUUGAGUAGCAUAGAUCAAUAGAAGACAUAUCAACCUAUUGGUAGAUGCUUUAUUUUGAAACCAAAAGGUGAUAUUGUGAAUGAAGUCAAUGAAAAUAUCAAAACUAGUGAGAAAGAAAUUGAUGAAUAUGAAAAAGUUAGAUAGCAUUUAAUUACAAAAGGAAAAGAAAAAGAAACCUAAUUAUAAGAAGCAAUGAAAUCAUUAAAAAUUUGA